AUGACUAGAGAAAAAGUGAAGCUUGCCUACAUCCAAAAUGACCAAACUCGAAAAUUGACAUUCAAGAAAAGGAAGAAGGGACUACUGAAGAAGAUGUCUGAACUCACUAUCCUUUGUGAUGUUCAGGCAUGUGCUAUCAUUUAUGGAAAACAUGAUACUCAAGCUGAGGUUUGGCCAUCCCCUGCGGGAGUCCAACGCACUUACAUGAAGUUCAAGACAAUGCCGUCGAUGGAGCAGACUAAGAAGCAGCUGAACAUGGAGACUUUUCUAAGGCAGCAGAUCGAGAAGACAAAAGACCAGCUGAGGAAACAGAAGAAGGAGAAUCACGAAAAGGAGAUGUCAAUCAUGAUGAGCAAGUGUCUGACUGGGAGGUCCUUGCAGGGUUUUAACAUGGAAGAUCUGAAUGACCUAGGCUGGGUGAUUGAUCACAAAGUGGAGGAGAUAAAUAGAAAGAUGAAGAAAGUGAAUGACGAGCUGGCUCAGAACGAACAAUCAAAGCCAUGUAGUAAAAACAUCACCGCCACCAGCGAUCAGCGGCAGAAUGAUGAACAUGCAGCAAGCUCAGGCAGCACUCAUGGAGAUGAUGACCCAACAAGACCAUCAGCAACAUCAGCAGAUGGUGGGGCUUGA